GGAUACUCGGACAAUCCGUAUCGGCAUUCCAGUUACCUGGACCCUCGGACCGCCGAAAUGGGAGGCAUCGAUCCAACGUCGAUCGAAGACGACGGAGACGACGGUCUACAACACGCCAACCCUGCUCGACGGUCGGUUCUGAGCCUUGGAAGAUCGAGACAGAGCCCCGCUACUAGCGGUCUGGUUGCAACCGGAGCAGCCGGUGCCGCUGCGGGCGGUGUGCUGGCCGCAUCCAAGGCUCAUGAUGGAAGCGGAGGUCAGGGGCCCGAGACACCGGGCGAAGCCGCCGAAAAGAGCGAGUGGCUCUCCCAGCAGCAGGCGGGCAAGAAGAAGCAACGAUGGAUCAUUACCGUGGUUGUGGUCCUGGUCAUUCUGGCCAUCAUCGCCGGUGCUGUUGUGGGUGGCAUUCUGGGCUCCCAGAAGGCCAAUAAAAAUAAGGACCCCGCCUCAGAUGGUGGGACGAAUGGACAAACAGCAGCCGAAGACGACGCCAGCGGGGACCUGUCCAAAGACUCCAAGGAGAUCAAGGCGCUCCUCAAUAAUCCAGACCUCCACAGAGUGUUCCCUGGGAUGGAUUACACUCCGCUGAACUCCCAAUACCCGGACUGCCUAGUCAACCCGCCCAGCCAAAACAACGUGACGCGCGACGUGGCCGUCCUCUCCCAACUCAGUAAUAAGCUGCGCAUGUAUGGGACUGACUGCAACCAAACCCAGUUAGUCCUCCAUGCCAUCGAUCGGCUGGCGCUCAAAGAUAUGAAGGUGUGGCUCGGAGUCUGGCUCGACACUAAUCAAACCACAAACGACCGCCAAAUGUCUCAAAUGUGGGAUAUUCUCGACGAGUACGGCGAUGACCCGUUCGAAGGUCUCGUGGUCGGAAACGAGAUUUUGUUCCGGAAAGACAUGACCGAGUCUCAGCUCGGCUUAUUCUUGCAGAACGUCAAAUCCAACCUCACCUCCAAAGGCGUCAAGCUCCCCCUCGCCACGUCCGACCUAGGGUCGUCGUGGACCACUACCCUGGCCACCUACGUGGACGUCAUCAUGUCAAACAUCCAUCCGUUCUUCGGCGGCGUCGCCAUCGACGUGGCCGCGUCCUGGACCUGGACGUUCUGGCAGGAGAACGACAUCCCCGCGUCCGCCGGCACGAACAAGCGGCAGAUCAUCUCCGAAGUCGGCUGGCCCAGCGAAGGCGGGAACGACUGCGCCCCCAACCCGAAGUGCUCCAGCCCAACGGCCGGGGCUGUGGCGGGCAUUCCCGAGAUGAAUCAGUUCAUGAACGACUGGGUGUGUCAGGCGCUCAAGAACGGCACAGAGUAUUAUUGGUUCGAAGCGUUCGACGAGCCGUGGAAAAUUCGAUUCAACACCGAAGACCAGCAGUGGGAGGAUAAAUGGGGUCUGAUGGACGUCAACCGAAACCUGAAGCCAGGAGUCAAGAUCCCCGAUUGCGGUGGACAGACG